AUGCAUUCGGAGCCACAAAAGAAUGGACCUGCUACUCCUUAUCAUAGAGUGAUUAAUGUCUCUCGAAACUUUCAGCUGAAAGCUUCCAUCGACAAAGGAAGUCGUGAAUGGAGCUUCCAGCCUCGUAGUAGCAGUGCCGCCCUGUAUUCAGCUAUAGCAUCUUUGGGAAAUUCAGAUUCUCCUUGGGAAAGCAUCUUUGUCGCUUCUCCUGGUGCCGUUCAAAUAACUCAGAAUGAAACCAUGAGUUCGUCGGCGGUGGUAAAUGUCAAUUCAUCUUCCAAUGUGUUAAGCUCGCAGCGUCGAUCCCCCUCAUCUACCAUAUUCACUCCGAAAGAUCAAGCGUCCUUUCUAGAGAAGGCCUAUCAGUUCUACAAGGAUCGGAACAUCAUUUCAAAGAUCGUCCCUGUUUGGGGAAAGCUGAGAUUAAAAUCUGCCCCCGGUUCUCCUCCUGUAUCUUCUAUACAGGAUCCUUCUGAGGUCCUGAACUACGCUUCAGACGUUGGUUCGAAUCGCUUAUUAGAGGGUCCAACUUACGCAGAUAAUGUUCUGUGGGAUGUACUGCAUUACCGAAUCCCUACAAUUGAUGGCUUUCAGCAACAGAUAUGGUGGAAAGACUUUAAUAGAUGGACUCAAUAUUUUGCAGACCACAUCGUAUCUAUUUAUCGUCCUGGCGAUUUGAUCCUUAUUCAUGACUACUCUUUGUUUUUACUACCAAAGCUAAUCCGGAAACGAUUGCCUGAUGCAGAUAUUGUCUUUUUUCUUCAUGUUCCCUUUUGCACUUCAGAAAUUUUUCGAUGCCUUCCUAAACGGGCUGAGAUUUUGAAUGGUGUUCUGGCCUCAAAUGUAAUUGGAUUUCAAACUGACUCUUAUGCACGGCACUUCUUAAGUACGUGUGUUAAUGCACUGGGUCUGGAAAUCACUUCUUCUUCUCAUGUUGACACCUCUGAUGGUUUUCGGGCAGCCAUUUUGUCAUCUCAUGUGAAUAUUGACGUGCCACGUGUUUACUCAAUAUGUAAUAAGCAAUCUGUCCAGUCCAAAGUCUCCCAACUUCGUCAUCUUUAUCAUCAAAAUAUGAAAGUCAUAGUUGGUCGUGAUAGACUGGACAAGGUUUGUGGCAUAAUACACAAGCUUCGAGCAUUUCGUCAGCUCCUUUUGAAGUAUCCGCAGUGGAGGAAGCGAGUGAUUUUAAUUCAAAUUACCAGCUCUACUGUAGGGAACAACAAUAGUGAUUUAGAAAUGCAAGUGGAAAAUCUUGUUACUCAAAUUAAUAGUGAAUUUGGUUCGCUAGAUUACGUUCCCAUUCACCACUUCCAUCAGCUUUUGAGUGCCGAGGAAUAUUUUGCAUUACUCAGUGCCGCCGACGUUGCUUGUGUUUCUUCAAUACGAGAUGCCAUGAAUACGAUGGCUUUAGAAUUUGUCGCUUGUCAAAAGAAAAACAAAGGUUCACUUAUUUUAAGUGAGUUUUCUGGUACAGCAGAGGUAUUAGUUUCUGCUAGUGUAGUAAAUCCUUACAAUUAUACCGGAUUUGCUGAUACUAUUAAUGAUUGCUUAAGGAAAAGUAUGAAAGAUAGAGAGCAAAAGUUUUCUUCUUUGUGGAUGCAGGCCACCUCACAAUCGUCACAACAAUGGAUCUACAAGCUAAUUAGCAGAUCCGGCAAUGAAAUUCGUUCUGUCAAAAGUCGAAUGACUACCCCUUUGUUAACUUUAUCUGAUAUACAAAAGCAGUAUAAAGAAGCAAAAAAACGCUUAUUUAUUUUAGAUUAUGAUGGAACACUAAUCCAAGCCGCUAGGAAUUCUUUGGAUGCAGCACCAACUGAUCGAGUCCUGCGUACUUUAAAGAGACUUGUUUCUGACAACCGUAAUAUUAUCUGGAUUCUCUCUGGGCGAUCAAAAGCUUUUAUGGAAGACUGGAUGGGUGACAUUUCAGAAUUAGGUUUAUCGUCAGAACAUGGUAGUAUCAUACGCCCACCUAUGGCAAGGUCUUGGUACAACAAUACGGAAAAAUUAGAUUUAUCAUGGAAAGAUACUGUUCGGGAUAUAUUCCAGUACUACGUUGAACGAACUCAAGGGUCAUACAUUGAAGAAAAACGGAACUCCUUAUCGUGGUGUUACCAAAAUGCAAACUCAACUUACAGUAGAUUUCAAAGUUUAGAAUGUCAAACAAAUUUAGAGGGUUUGUUGAAACAGCAUGACGUUGAAAUUAGUCCAGGAAAGUUUUUCCUUGAGGUUCAUCCCAAUUACCUAAAUAAAGGAGCCCUUGUCAAACGAAUCCUAAAACGAACGGGAAAAACUGACUUUAUCUUUUGCGCAGGUGAUGAUAGAACUGAUGAAAACAUGUUCGAAGUGUUCCUACCAAUGCCGUUCGAUUAUUUUGUACAUUCAAAUUUAGUUGGUGAUGAUACUGAUUAUGUUGAUCCCUCUAUGUCAAGCAUAGAUGGCAAACAAGUUGACUAUAAUAUAGGAAACUCGAAAAUAACCGCCUAUCGUGUACAUAUCGGUUUAACGGACAAGUCGACGCUUGCGGAUUAUCACUUGCCAUCUCCUAAGGACUUGGUUGAUCUUUUGCUUACUUUAUAA